AUGGCGAGCCACGAGUCGACCGAUCCGGGGGCGGGGGAACCACCCUUGCCCUCGGUGGACGCCAUAUCCCCCAUGGAGAUGCCUCCACCGCAGGUGGUGCACCCGCACCAUCCGCAUUCGCACCCCCACUCGGACCCGCACCCGCAUGCCCAUUCACAGCAUCAACACCCACAUCACCCACAUCACCCGCAUCAACACCAUCAGCAUCAUCCGCCACCGCAUCAUCCCCAUCAGCACCACCCUCAACACCAUGAGCCCCCGCCCGAAUUUCAAUCGGUCACGCCCAUGGGCACCCCGUCCAACGUGCGAAGUGAAUCCAACCACGAUCCUUCCACCAAGCAUCGAUGUGAUCUUUCCUUUUGCCGCCGCCGCAUGGUCAACAUGCGGAAAGUCAAGCGACCCAAAAACCAGAAAGCCAUGCAGCGCUACGCCGAUAUUUGGGUCCGUGUGGGAGGCUAUCCAGAGAAUGUCAACGAUACAGGUCGCGUCGUAACGCACAAGGCCCAAUUUUACUUCUGUCCCGAGCACAUCAAGCCUCGUGAGGAUGGUGGUCUGUAUCGUGCUUACACAGUUGACGACUUUCUGCCUCGCACGUUGGCUCCCGGGGGGGAUCCGAUUUGGCGCACCAUCACACCACAGGCCCGACAACGGUAUCGCGGGGACAAAACCAAUGACCCUGAAAUGAUUCCCAGCCUGCAUGACAGCACGACCGGUCUUGCCUACCCGGCUCUGCCCACCAGCAUAGCUGCCGGUCACCCCAUCCCCUUUGGUGCAACAACAAGUCCUGGGGGUGAAUUGCUGGUCCCGGUUCCAAACCCGCAAACAUUGAUCUCUCCACAAAUGCAUUUUCAUCACCCGGGCACCUUGAUGCCAGGCAAUGGAACGCCACAAAAUGGCUCUGUCACCCAAGAAGGAAUGGAAACAAUGCAUGCCAAUUCCGAUGAUGAAGUCGAAGACGUGGACGUGGACGUGGAUGAGGGCGAUGAACAUGACGAACAAGAUCGACAGGAACAGCAGCGCAUGCUCGCCCUCCAAGCCGGCCUGCCCUUCAUGUCUCCGAACGUUGUACUUGGCCGCGUGGUGGAUCACACGGAGCGUUUGCAAACCCUUCGCAUGCGCCACAACAUUCCUCCCCUAGUCCCCGACGAGUUUGUGGACCGUUUUAGCUCCAUGGCCUCGGAUUGUGCUGAAGCACUUCGUCAAAAGGCAAGGCUCGAAGCUGAGCUCCGUGAGGUCCGCGCACAACUCGACCACUACAGAACACUGGCCGCGCAGACUGCUCCCCCGGCCAUGGCCAGUAUGACGGACGAGGCGCCCAGCGUCCAUGCCGGACCAUGA